AUGGAAGCAUAGUUUGCAGAUUCAUCUGCAAAGCUUACUGAGAAAGUGAAACUGCGGUGCAUAUAUAUAUAAAAAAAAAAAAGAGCUGUGAUAAUCCAGACAUCCUGGAUGAAACUUAAUGUAACUCAUAAGGAAAAUACAGCUGUCUUGCAUCCAAUCUAUGGCAUACAUAUCAAAGGCAAAUACAAUAGAAGAAUUUAUUUUAAAAGUAAGGACAAGUCCUUAUACUUCAUCAAGGACACUUUGGAAGAUGAUGGUCCCCAUAUAACUAACUUUUUCUCCAUUGUAACUAAUCCAGGUGGAAUUUUGAAGAAGGUAAUAGAAAUUACUCAGAAGGGAAAAAGUCCUGGGAAGAGGAGGAAAUUCCAUGGGCCAGGAUGUAGUUGCAUGGCUGGUGCCAACAUCAAGUUGCCUUUUAUCACCAUGGGCUCUUUUAUUGGUCAAGGAAUUCUAGAAAGAGACAGGAUCCACGUGAGCACAGAGGAGAAAAGCGUCCUUGACAACAGAGUGGUGAAGGGAGCUGCAACAGGAAAGCCAGAUGACAAUCCACAUGUGAUGAAAUUCCUGGACAGGAUGAAAGUCUGGAAAUCUGAUCUCUCAGAUCUUCAAGAGUCUUCUGCGGAUUUCAGACCAGAUGCUUUUGAAGUGCCUGAGAAACAAAAUAAUCCCAUGUUUACAAAGCCAGGAGGAAAUGUUGCUUUUACUCCUCCUUAUAGACUUGGAGAUUCAGUGGAGUGAACGAUGAGGGAAAGGAUUACAGCAGAUUGGGUAGAUAUGGUCAUUCCGUGCAACUCAUCAGGAAAGCAAAGCUUUGGGUCAGAUUUGAAAGAAUGUACACCAGUGGUUUGUUCUGACCAGGAAAGCUCCAGGACUGUCUUUCAAAACAUUACAGCCUCUGACUUUGCAAUGUACUUCUGUGUAGCUGCUGGGAGAAACAAAACCAUAAUGAGUUUUACUGUAGCUGCAACUUGGGAUCACAAGUGGUUUAUUAUCUACAUAGCUGAAGGGAUUUCAGCUCCUCUUUUGGUAUUAGAUUUCCUACUGAUCUUCUGCAUUACCACUGCUUAUCACAAAAAACUGGAUCCCAAAUCCAAUUUUCAUGGCUUGCACAGCAGAGAAAGAAGGGAAGAAUCACCACUCUGGCAGACAGAGGAGAUUUACGUCAACUGCAAAAACAUCUCACACAAACAUAAGAAAAGACCAUUAGGUUCUUUCUUAAGAAUGAAGUAA